CAUCGGGGGCCAUUACAAUUCGUCUAGUGGGGUAAUACCGCAUUUCCAAGGGACACUGAAAUGUGCGAAGGAAUGUUAUGGGCGACAAAGGUAAUUAAUAAUGAGGUCACUACCUAAUGACCGCUACAACUUUCUCUUAAUGACCGCUACAAUUUUACCUCUUAAUGACCGCUACACUUUGUCCGCUACAAUUUUACUAUAUGUCAUACAGUAUAUAAGACUAAAGAAAAUUCAAGAAAAUAUUCAGUGUUGAUUUCGUGUUUGUUCUUGAAGAAGACGUCUUGGUGUAUUGUGAAAAUAAGAUGCCUGGAAAGCGUGWACCUUCUACACCUUUGAAAAAAUCCUCUCCGAAGYGUUUUAAAACACCGAGUGAUGGUGGAUGUGUAGAAGAAGAAGAAAUUAGUGCUUCGCAAGUUACAUCUGUUUCGAAGUCGUCUUUGUCAAUAUUUCCAGCUGCCUUACCCCAACCAUCGCAGCCCAUAGAAUUAGCGAGAAUAUCUAAAAUGGACCUUAAGCAAACUGAACCCCCCAGGUCACCUGAGCCUAUCCACACUGAAGAAGACAUCAUAACUCCAGCUGAAUGGUCGGAUCCUGUGUUGGAGCGAACAUUGGUCGAAAUGGCCGACAACAUCGAAAAAAAUGAAGCUGAAGGAGCUGAGAGAACGGCUCGGAUGGUAAUCAACGAGAAGUUUCGUUUAAUCCAUGAAGUGGUAUAUCCUAUUACUAAGUCUGGUAGUAAGCUUUUAUCUAUUGGGGUAAAACCGCUCCAUGAUUAUGUACCGUUGUUGAAAAUUCACAAUCCGGAGCUAACAUCGGCGAUAAGUUUUUCUAUUGAAACCUUUGAAGACUUUUUAAAAGAAAUGAGCAAGAUCUUUGAAUCAAGAGAGGAGGAAGAAGUAGAAGGAAUUAGUGUUCCAGAAGGUCAGAUGUUGUGUAUGCUAAGUGGCUACGUCGUGGUGGUUUGUAGAUAUAAUACUCUUCAAUUUAUACCUAGUCAACCGAGUAUGUACAAGGGUAUUUAUUUAUCACUGAAUACUAUUAAAACUCUCGUAAAUAUGGGUGAGCAUUUAUUGAAUCUGCUUCAUUCAAGGAGAAUUCAAUAUAAGUUCUAUCCAUGUUACGACAGUUUUAUAAAUAAUGUUGCACUUGAUGUUAUGGAGAACGGUUGUAAGAAUUUAUGUCAAAAAUUGUUUGAUAUUAUUAAGAAUCGGUAUGAACAAAAUGCAACAUUGUAUGAGAUAGUUUUGAAACUGCCUGUGAAUGUAAAAACAGCUGUCGAAGGUAGAGUAAAGUAUUAUAGAGAAAAUAAUGAUUAUAACUGUCUGUGAUAAUAAUAGUAAUAAAUGAUUAAAUAAAAUGUAUAUUGUGUUUUCUUUAAUAGUCCAAUGCGUAGCAAAAGUUAUCAUUUUGUUUUGGUGUUGUGAAAUAGAAUGGACUUCAAAUCUCGGUUUAUUGCUAUUAUAGCAGGUCCAACUGCUUGUGGAAAAACGCGCUUUAUUAUUAUGCGAUUUUAAACCAUUUGAAUUCUAUCUGCGAUACGAAAUUUGAGCGAGUGUUGUUGUAUCAAAA